ACGUUCCCGGCCUGGGGUGGUCGGACAGCCGUCGCCGCUGCGCCAGUCGGUGCUCGCGCGGGCGAGCGGGAUGCGCGAGGAGUGUAUGAGCCCGAGGAGGCGACGCUGGGAUUGGGGCGCGGUCGGACAAAGUACACGUCGCUCUGCACUGCUCUGACCUUUAUUCUGUAGUGACGUCCUCUAGCGCACGGGCGCCCAAUGCAUGAUAUCGGCGCUUGGCCCUCCCACUCUAUGCAUCUCGUCUGUGCACUUCUACCUCGCCGUUUCCUGUGUCUGCGCUCCCACAUCACCCACUGUGCGCCAUCUACUGCAACUCUAUGAGCCUCGAUGCCUGUGCCACCUCCCGCUGCCCGUGUUGGCCCGCUCAACAUCGUCGCCUCUUGCGGAUGAUCGCUCACUGUCCUACCUCACCCGGACUGGUUCUGUCUCUCCGCGCAUCGCACGGCACGCUCUCUGCCGUCGUGUAUCUCUUUCUCGCAUACUCGCCGUAUCGCGUCAUAGACUCAUCCAACGCCCUGCUUCUGCCGCCUUUUUUGUGCUUGGAACUAUCGUCGUGAAGCCGUCGUGUGGGGUAUCAUCCGCGCUCGUCUAUCGUCAGAGGUCUGCGCGCUAUCUGCGUUCGCAUACGCGCAAAGGGAGUGUAGGCCGCGGGUCAUGUAAACGCGGAAGGCGUCUCUCCUGUAAGUGCUAUCGUCGCAUCCUCCUCGUCUGACCGUGUCUCCACCGCCACACACCGCAUUUGCCCUUGCAUCGCG